AUUGUAGCCGCACAGCCCGACAAGGAGAAGAAGGGCGCUGCCGCCGACAUGAGCUCUGCAGAGGGGGCGGAGGACGCGGCCGGGGACGCCGAUAUCGCCGCGUUUUUCCGAUCGGAUUGAAGAAUUAUUAAUGAAGUGCACAGAGUCUGAGCCAUGAAGUGUAAUGCCAAAUCAUGUAAAGAAAGUGAAAUAAAGAGAGAGAAAGAUUGGAUUAAAGGAGAGAGGUUUUCGUAAAAAUGAUGAGAUGAAGGCGAUGGAAAUUCUUCCAAUACUGAAGGAGAAGGUUGCGUUCCUCUCAGGUGGGCGAGAUAAGCGUGGAGGUCCUGUCUUGACAUUUCCAGCACGUAGCAACCAUGACAGAAUAAGACAAGAAGAUCUUAGGCGGCUUAUCUCCUAUUUAGCUAAUAUUCCCAGUGAGGAAGUGUGUAAACGAGGGUUCACUGUGAUAGUUGACAUGCGUGGAUCUAAAUGGGACUCCAUUAAACCGCUGCUGAAGAUUCUACAGGAGUCUUUUCCUGGCUGUAUUCAUGUUGCACUGAUCAUCAAGCCAGACAACUUCUGGCAGAAGCAAAGAACUAACUUUGGCAGUUCUAAGUUCGAGUUUGAGACCACCAUGGUGUCCAUAGAAGGUCUUACCAAAGUUGUUGACCCAUCCCAGCUCACUCCUGAGUUUGAUGGCUGUCUGGAGUACAACCAUGAGGAGUGGAUUGAGAUCCAUGUGGCCUUUGAAGACUUCAUAAGCAAUGCAUCACACAUGUUGUCCAGACUGGAAGAACUCCAGGAAAUGCUAGCCAAAAAGGACUUCCCUCAGGACUUGGAAGGAGCUAGAAAGAUGAUUGAUGAGCAUACACUACUGAAAAAGAAAGUCAUCAAAGCUCCGAUUGAAGAGCUGGACCUAGAAGGGCAAAAAUUGCUGCAGAGGAUUCAAAGUAGCGAAAGUUUUCCCCAUAAGAACUCUAUAUCAGGGAAUGCAGACUUUCAGGGCCUUGUACCAAAAGUGUCCAGUAUGUUGGACAGACUGCACUCAACCAGGCAGCAUCUGCAUCAGAUGUGGCAUAUACGCAAGCUGAAACUGGAUCAGUGUUUUCAGCUUAGGCUCUUUGAACAAGAUGCAGAAAAGAUGUUUGACUGGAUUUCUCACAACAAAGGACUCUUUUUGAAUAGCUACACGGAGAUUGGAGCUACUCAUCAGCACGCAAUGGAACUUCAAACACAGCACAAUCACUUUGCAAUGAACUGCAUGAAUGUAUAUGUCAACAUCAACCGCAUAAUGUCAGUGGCCAAUCGUUUACUGGAAUCUAACCAUUAUGCAUCUCAGCAAAUCAAGCAGAUUGCCAGUCAGCUAGAGUUGGAGUGGAAGGCAUUCGCAGCAGCAUUAGAUGAGCGUAGCACCUUGCUUGACAUGUCUGCUGUCUUUCAUCAGAAAGCUGAACAGUACAUGAGCAAUGUGGAUUCAUGGUGUAAGGCCUGUGGAGAGGUUGAGCUUCCUUCAGAACUGCAGGAUCUGGAAGAUUCCAUUCACCACCACCAAGGUUUAUAUGAACAAAUAACAUUGGCGUACUCGGAGGUGAGUCAAGAUGGGAAAGCUCUGCUGGAUAAACUCCAGCGACCCCUGACCCCUGGCAGUGCAGACUCAUUAAUGGCAACAGCCAAUUAUUCAAAGGCUGUUCAUCAUGUCUUGGAUAUUAUUCAUGAAGUCCUCCAUCAUCAGCGACAGCUUGAGAACAUCUGGCAGCAUCGAAAGGUUCGACUUCACCAGCGGCUUCAGCUUUGCGUUUUUCAACAGGAUGUGCACCAGGUAUUGGACUGGAUUGAAAACCAUGGAGAGGCCUUUCUCAGCAAACACACUGGAGUGGGGAAAUCACUGCACAGAGCCAGGGCUUUACAGAAACGGCAUGAGGAUUUUGAAGAAGUUGCGCAGAACACAUACACCAAUGCAGAUAAACUCCUGGAAGCAGCAGAGCAAUUGGCUCAGACUGGGGAGUGUGACCCUGAAGAAAUUUACCAGGCAGCCCAUCAACUGGAAGAUCGGAUUCAGGACUUUGUGAGAAGAGUGGAGCAGCGGAAGAUCCUUUUGGAUAUGUCGGUAUCUUUUCAUACCCAUGUCAAGGAGCUCUGGACGUGGCUGGAGGAUUUACAGAAAGAGCUUCUGGACGAUGUGUAUGCUGAAUCUGUGGAGGCAGUGCAGGAUUUGAUCAAACGCUUUGGGCAGCAGCAGCAGACCACCCUGCAAGUGACAGUGAAUGUCAUCAAAGAAGGAGAGGAUCUAAUCCAACAGUUGAGGGAUUCUGCUAUUUCAAGCAACAAGACUCCACACAAUAGCUCCAUUAAUCAUAUAGAGAGUGUUCUUCAGCAGCUGGAUGAAGCCCAGGCUCAGAUGGAAGAUCUUUUUCAGGAGCGCAAGAUCAAACUGGAUCUCUUCCUUCAGCUCCGAGUAUUUGAACGGGAUGCAAUAGAUAUCAUUUCAGACCUCGAGUCUUGGAAUGAUGAGCUGUCCCAACAGAUGAAUGACUUUGACACUGAGGAUUUGACCCUUGCUGAACAGAGGUUGCAGCACCAUGCUGAUAAAGCUCUAACUAUGAAUAACUUGACUUUUGACGUCAUCCAUCAGGGGCAGGAAUUACUCCAGUAUGUGAAUGAAGUACAAGCCUCAGGUGUUGAGUUAACCUGUGACAGAGAUGUCGAUAUGGCAACCCGUGUGCAGGACCUCCUGGAAUUUCUUCACGAGAAGCAGCAGGAACUGGACCUCACCGCAGAGCAGCACCGUCGGCACUUGGAGCAGUGUGUGCAGCUGAGGCACCUACAGGCUGAGGUCAAACAGGUACUGGGUUGGAUUCGGAAUGGAGAAUCCAUGCUAAAUGCAGGUCUCAUCACUGCUAGCUCACUUCAGGAAGCUGAGCAGCUGCAGCGUGAGCAUGAGCAGUUCCAACAUGCUAUUGAGAAAACCCAUCAAAGUGCACUUCAAGUGCAGCAGAAAGCAGAAGGCAUGCUGCAGGCCAAUCACUAUGAUAUGGAAAUGAUUCGGGAAUGCGCAGAGAAGGUGGCUUCCAAUUGGCAACAGCUCAUGCUAAAGAUGGAAGAUCGUUUGAAACUUGUCAAUGCCUCCGUUGCAUUCUAUAAAACCUCUGAACAGGUCUGCAGUGUUCUGGAGAGUCUGGAGCAGGAGUACAAACGGGAAGAGGACUGGUGUGGAGGAAUUGAUAAGCUUGGUCCAAAUUCAGAGUGUGAUCACGUGACACCCAUGAUCAGCAAGCAUCUAGAACAAAAGGAAGCCUUUCUCAAAGCCUGCACUUUAGCAAGGAGGAAUGCUGAUGUUUUCCUGAAGUAUCUCCAUAGAAACAGUGUCAACAUGCCAGGAAUGAUGAGUCAUGUCAAAGCACCUGAACAGCAAGUAAAAAACAUUCUUAAUGAGUUAUUACAAAGGGAGAACCGGGUGUUGCAUUUUUGGACCAUGAGGAAGAAGAGACUGGACCAGUGCCAACAAUAUGUGGUAUUUGAGAGGAGUGCUAAACAAGCUUUGGAGUGGAUCCAUGAUACUGGAGAGUUCUAUCUGUCCACACACACAUCCACAGGCUCCAGCAUUCCACAUACUCAAGAGCUUUUAAAAGAACAUGAAGAGUUCCAAAUUACUGCAAAGCAAACCAAAGAUCGGGUGAAACUGUUGAUACAACUGGCCGAUGGCUUUUGUGAAAAAGGGCACUCCCAUGCAGUGGAAAUCAAAAAUUGGGUCACAGCAGUAGAUAAGCGUUAUCGAGAUUUUUCCCUUCGCAUGGAGAAAUAUCGUGUAGCAUUAGAGAAAGCACUUGGAAUCUCAGACUCCAAAGGGAGCAAAGACUUACAAUUAGACAUCAUCCCGGCAAGUGCUCCUGGUUCAGAGGUGAAACUCCGUGAUGCUGCACAUGAGCUGAAUGAAGAAAGGCGUAAAUCAGCUCGCAGGAAAGAAUUUAUUAUGGCUGAACUGAUCCAAACUGAAAAAGCUUAUGUACGAGAUCUUCGAGAGUGUUUGGAAACAUAUCUCUGGGAAAUGACGAGUGGUGUAGAUGAAAUUCCACCUGGGAUUGUAAAUAAAGAGCAUAUAAUAUUUGGCAACAUGCAGGAAAUCUAUGAGUUCCACAAUAAUUUAUUUCUGAAAGAGCUGGAGAAGUAUGAACAGCUGCCGGAAGAUGUGGGGCAUUGUUUUGUCACCUGGGCUGACAAAUUCCAGAUGUACGUAACAUACUGUAGGAACAAGCCAGACUCCACACAGCUCAUACUGGAGCAUGCAGGAGCAUACUUCGAUGAAAUACAGCAUCGGCAUGGACUGGCCAACUCGAUCUCUUCCUAUCUUAUCAAACCUGUCCAGCGAAUAACUAAGUAUCAGCUGCUUUUAAAAGAACUGUUAACAUGCUGUGAAGAAGGAAAGGGAGAAAUUAAAGAUGGCCUGGAGGUGAUGCUAAGUGUGCCAAAGCGAGCCAACGAUGCCAUGCAUCUCAGCAUGCUAGAAGGCUUUGAUGAGAAUCUGGAAUCCCAGGGAGAGCUGAUCCUUCAAGAAUCCUUUCAAGUGUGGGAUCCUAAGUCUUUGAUCCGCAAAGGCCGAGAACGACACCUCUUCCUGUUUGAAAUGUCACUUGUCUUCAGCAAAGAAAUCAAAGAUUCCAAUGGGAGGAGUAAAUAUAUCUACAAACACAAACUGCUUACCUCAGAACUUGGGGUUACAGAGCACGUUGAAGGAGAUCAUUGUAAGUUUGCAUUGUGGGUUGGACGGACUCCGACAUCAGACAACAAAAUUGUUUUAAAGGCAUCCAGCAUUGAAAAUAAACAAGAUUGGAUCAAGCAUAUACGAGAGGUUAUACAGGAAAGGACUAUUCAUCUGAAAGGUGCCCUGAAAGAAGCAAUCCACUUGCCCAAACCUACAUCUCACAAACAUAAAGGGAGAAGGGAUGGAGAAGAACUAGACAGUCAGGGAGAUGCAAGCAGUCAGCCCGACACAAUCUCCAUUGCAUCACGGACCUCACAGAACACUUUGGACAGUGACAAGCUGUCCGGUGGGUGUGAGUUAACAGUCGUCAUCCAUGAUUUCUCGGCAACCAACAGCAAUGAGCUGACCAUUCGCCGGGGCCAGACUGUGGAGGUUUUAGAGAGGCCUCAUGAUAAACCAGACUGGUGCCUGGUCCGGACAACUGAUCGGUCCCCUGCUGCAGAAGGAGUUGUUCCCAGCAGUGUUCUAUGUAUUGCACAUUCACGUAGCAGUAUGGAAAUGGAGGGCAUUUUCAACCAUAAAGACUCACUUUCAGUGUCCAGCAAUGAUGCAAGUCCUCCUGCCUCAGUGACCUCACUUCAACCCCACUCAGUGAGUACAACACAAAGUUCACCAGGUCCAAAGCGCCCAGGUAACACUCUACGGAAGUGGCUCACCAGCCCUGUAAGGCGUCUCAGCAGUGGAAAAGCAGAUGGCCAUGUGAAGAAACUGGCUCACAAGCAUAAAAAGAGCAGGGAUGUCCGGAAAAGUGCUGACACCGGGGCUCAAAAAGACUCUGAUGAGAGUGCUGCUACACCCCAGGAAGAAACUGUGGAUGAGAGGGGACGGAAUGAAGGACUCAGCAGUGGAACACUGUCAAAAUCCUCUUCUUCAGGAAUGCAGAGCUGUGGGGAAGAGGAAGGUGAAGAGGGGGCAGAUGCAGUGCCCCUUCCACCCCCAAUGGCAAUUCAACAACACAGUCUUCUCCAGCCUGACUCGCAGGAUGAUAAGACAUCCUCUCGUUUAUCAGUCCGCCCUACAAGUUCAGAGACCCCUAGCGCAGCAGAGCUUGUUAGUGCUAUUGAAGAGCUUGUGAAAAGUAAAAUGGCACUGGAGGAUCGUCCAACGUCCCUCUCUGUUGAUCAGGCAGACAGCAGCAGUCCAUCUUUCAACCCAUCUGAUAACUCUCUGCUGUGUACUUCCUCUUCCUCUCCCAUUGAUGAAAUGGAAGAAAGGAAAUCUAGUUCUUUAAAGAGGCGCCACUAUGUCUUACAAGAGUUGAUCGAAACUGAGCGCGAUUAUGUACGGGACCUCGGAUGUGUGGUCGAGGGCUACAUAGCAGUGAUGAAAGAAGAUGGUGUCCCUGAUGACAUGAAGGGGAAAGAUAAGAUUGUAUUUGGUAAUAUACAUCAGAUCUACGACUGGCACAGAGACUUCUUUCUUGGCGAGCUGGAGAAGUGCCUUGAGGAUCCUGAUAAGUUAGCUUCUCUCUUUGUCAAACACGAGAGAAGAUUGCAUAUGUAUAUAGUUUACUGUCAAAACAAGCCCAAAUCAGAGUACAUUGUGUCCGAAUAUAUUGACACCUAUUUUGAGGACGUAAAACAGCGACUUGGUCAUCGACUGCAACUGACAGACCUGUUAAUAAAACCAGUGCAACGGAUAAUGAAAUACCAGCUCCUGCUGAAGGACUUCCUUAAAUACUCUAGGAAGGCUGCUGUAGACACAACAGAGCUGGAGAAAGCUGUGGAGGUCAUGUGUGUUGUACCAAAACGAUGCAACGAUAUGAUGAAUGUUGGACGUCUGCAAGGAUUCGAUGGCAAAAUUAUAGCCCAGGGAAGAUUGCUUCUCCAGGACACAUUCUUUGUUGCAGAUCAGGAUGCUGGGCUUCUUUCACGCAGUAAAGAGCGAAGAGUCUUCCUGUUUGAGCAGAUUGCAAUAUUCAGCGAGCCUUUAGAUAAGAAAAAAGGCUUCUCCAUGCCUGGCUAUUUAUUUAAAAAUAGUGUCAAGGUGAGUUGCCUUGGCCUGGAAGAGAAUGUGGAGAACGAUCCAUGUAAAUUUGCACUUACCUCACGAUCAGCUGAAGGCGGUGUGGAAAUCUACAUUCUCCAAGCAUCAAAUCCUACAGUCCGCCAAAUGUGGAUUUAUGAAAUCAACCAAAUUCUGGAAAACCAACGCAACUUUUUAAAUGCUUUGACAUCUCCGAUUGAGUACCAGAAGAACCAUGUCGGCCCUAGUGGACCCAAUAGCUGUAGUGGAAUGAGCAGCACAAGCCGUUCCAGACCAUCUCGGAUCCCCCAGCCCAUCCGGCACCAUUCCCCAGUCCUGGUCUCCUCUGCGGCCUCGGCCCAGUCAGAGGCAGACAGAUUGACAGGUAUGUCCGCUCGAAACCCUACCCUGACGACACUCAACAGCACCUUAGAUUCUGGCUGCAGCCAAUCUGACAGGCACCUGGAACGAGAAGGCAGCGAAAGGGACUUGGAACAGAUUCCUAGGAAAAAGGUCCUUGAGAGUCCCAGGAAAACAUUAGGACCGCUCACCAACACAGGAGAUGGAAACAUAAAGGAAUUACGAGGUAGUCUAGAAGAGAACCGGUCACCAAGAGGGAGUGUUGGCACUCUGACAAUAGGAAAGCAACGGCCAGGCACUACUUCGCCCUUGAGUUCACCGCUGUCUACAACCUUCCCUUCCUCUCCCUUCAGCAAAGAACCCUUCCCUCCCAGCAGUCCUGUUCUUAAGGGCUCCUUCUGGAGCUCACACCCAGCUUCACCUGCCAGCCGCCCCGGCUCCUUCACCUUCCCAGGGGACAUGGACUCCCUGCAGCGCCAGGUCCACCGCCACUCCACGCACAGCAAGGACACUGAUCGUAUGAGCACGUGCUCCUCGACCAGCGAGCAGUCGGUGCAUUCCACCCAGAGCAACGGGAGUGAAAGUAGCAGCAGCAGUAAUAUCUCCACCAUGCUGGUAACACAUGAUUACACCGCCGUGAAAGAGGAUGAGAUCAAUGUCUGCCAGGGCGAGGUGGUGCAGAUUCUGGCCAGCAACCAACAGAACAUGUUUUUGGUGUUUCGGGCAGCCACUGACCAAUGCCCUGCAGCUGAGGGAUGGAUUCCUGGCUAUGUACUAGGUCACACAACUAUUAUAAUCCCAGACAACCCUGAAGGAACAUUAAAAAAGUCAACAUCUUGGCACACUGCACUCCGUUUAAGAAAGAAAAAUGAAAAGAAGGAUAAAGAUGGCAAGAAAGAAGGAAAGCUAGAAAAUGGCUUCCGAAAGUCACGAGAAGGAUUACCCAAUAAGGUAUCAGUUAAGCUCUUGAACCCUAAUUAUAUCUAUGAUGUUCCCCCUGAGUUCAUCAACCCACUGACUGAUGUGACCUGUGAGACAGGGGAGACUGUUACACUGAAAUGCAAAGUCUGCGGCCGUCCCAAAGCUACAAUAACAUGGAAGGCCCCAGACCACAGCAUUUUGAGCAGUGAUGGUCAUAACAAUAUUAUGUACAGCGAUUCUGGUGAAGCUACACUUAAAAUACUGAACGUGACCACUGACGACGAUGGCACUUACACUUGUGUAGCUGUAAAUGAUGUGGGAUCAGCCUCCUCUUCUGCAAUCCUGCGAGUUGUAGGACCUGGAAGUGACGGAGUAAGGGUCACCUGGAAGGACAACUUUGAUUCUAUUUAUACUGAAAUAGCAGAAAUUGGCAGAGGAAGGUUCUCUGUGGUUAAAAGAUGUGACCAAAAAGGAACUAAACGAGAGGUGGCUGCAAAGUUCAUCAACAAAAAAAUGAUGAAACGGGAUCAGGUUAUACAUGAACUUGGAAUUAUGCAGAAUCUCCAGCAUCCCCAGCUCAUUAGCCUUCUGGAUACCUUUGAAACUUCAUCCAACUACAUAGUCAUUCUAGAAUUAGCAGACCAAGGUCGCCUUCUCAACUACAUAAUAGAGUGGGGGAAUUUGACUGAAGAGAAGGUGACAUCAUAUCUCAGAGAGACUCUGGAAGCUGUGCAGUAUUUACACCACUGCAGAAUAGCUCACCUAGAUAUAAAGCCAGAAAAUGUGCUGGUGGACCACAGCAAAGCCAAACCACUCAUCAAGCUUGCUGAUUUUGGGGAUACCAUGCAGCUAACCACAACAUAUUACACCCAUCAGUUGCUAGGAAACCCUGAGUUUGCAGCUCCAGAAAUUAUUCUGGGAAAUCCUGCCUGUCUUACAUCAGAUACCUGGAGUGUUGGGGUACUUGCCUACGUCCUUCUUAGUGGGGUGUCUCCUUUUUUGGAUGAGAGUGUAGAGGAAACCUGUUUGAACAUUUGUCGAUUGGACUUCAGCUUCCCUGACGACUACUUCAGAGGGGUCAGUCAAGCUGCCAAAGACUUUGUUUGUUUCUUACUGCAGGGAGAUCCAAACAAACGUCCCUCGGCUGCAAUGUGCCUUCAGGAUCCUUGGCUGCAGCCAGGUGUCAACAGAGACACCGAAACUCUAAACACGUCUAGACUGACUUCAUUUAUUGAACGGCGCAAACACCAGAAUGAUGUUCGGCCAGUUGGUAGCAUAAAGAACUUCUUACAAAGUAGACUCUUAUCAAGAGUGUGACCCUAAAGUGGAGAUUUUUUUGCUCAUUCUCUUUCACCUGCCAAUAAGGUUGGAGACUGUGUCUUCAGCCAGUCAGCUGUUGACUUGAAAUAAAACUGACAGCAAACCAGCUGCUUUAUACAUGUGUCAUUGUGUGGAAUUGCAUGCCAAGGAACCUUGCACAAACAGUACUUGGAUUCAAUGCCAUCCAUGCAAUGCAAAGCUGGUGGGGAGGACUGCACAAGCUCUGCACAACCAGCUGGAUUCUCAUUACUUUGACAGUAUUUUGUUUCUGAUCACAGGAAACCAUUUUUCACACAUUGCCUAGGAAAAUUUAGAGAAGAAUCAUUGUUGUUACUGUAUUUAAUUAAACUCACUGGACUUUGAAACAUUUAAUUAUGUGAUUAAAAAUUAGCCAACAAAGAACAAAGAUUUUUUAAAUUCUUUCCUCCUUGACUGAUUUUAAUCAAGACAGCCACUGAAUAUAAUCUCCAGUGAAACGUCUGAUUUUUACUGGUCAUGAAGCUUUCCAAUUGCCUCACCAAUGUAUUUAAAUUAUAAUCCCUUGCAUUUUGCCAGAUAUGGCUCAGAUUUUUACUGCUGCAAGUUGAACCAUGGCCCUUUUGCGUAUAAUAGAAAUAAAUUGUGUUGCUCCGAUUAUAUAUAAGCCUUACUUGUAUAAAGACCGUUAUCUGCCUUCAGUCUGUAUUUUUAAUGCUGGUAUGCCAUUCUGGAACCUUUUUCCCAAACACCCCCAAGUGAAAAGGCAAAUGCUCAUUUAUUUCUGAUGGGGGAUUUUGGAGUUGCACCUGCCAAUCGGAUUGCAGAGCAGUUAAGGAGGAAUAUGUACUGUAAAUGCACUCAUUGUAUUUUAUGUUUUAAUUCAUAUCAUGUGCAAUGUUGUGGCUUUAACAUUUUAUGCAACUCUAUUUAUGAAGACUUCUGUUGUAUCUGUAAUAAAUAUUAAAGAAAAGCACGUACUUCGUACUGCAAGCUACACGGCCGUUUGAUUUCUUUAUCACAUUGACCUUUUGAAAAAGUAUUUGACUACUAGGAAUUGCAUCACAAACUCGCCAUUAUGGAACAGGCACAAACAAUGAACCAAACCCAGUACUUUUCUUAGCAAUGCAGUAUGGUUAUAUCAAGCAUAAACUUGUACUCAAGGGUCUCAAGGAAUAAAUCUGUGAGAGAAGGAAAAUGGGAACUCAAAACUGGAUGUAUUGUCACAUCAACCUCACAUUAUUAUUUUUUAAUGUAUUAUAGCCUGUUAGUCUCCUUUCUAAGUUUGAACUCUGUUUUUGCAUGUAUAUUCUUUUGUACAGCAUCCAUUAAGUGUUUCCCCAAAUAUGUGCUGUAAAUAUAUUUUUCUGCCAUCUGUUGUUAAAAUUAAACUAAUGCAACACA